UAAAUUUAAAAUUGUUUCUAAAAUACAAUGAUAAACUGAAUUAUUUUCAGGUUUCAGAAUGAAAGCCAGCAAAGUAGAGUGGAUGAUAAUGAGGAUAGUACUAGCUAGUGCGCACCAGGAAUGGAUAGUUGCCAUCAUGCAGGGCACAAUAAUACACAGAGGGUCCUGAGUUUGGACCUUAUCAAAGACAUAAUAAAACUUAAGGCCCACACCAAGCCCAUCAUCAAAAAGCCUGUUUGCAAUUCAAAAUUGAGGCACGCAUGGAAAGGAAAAGCUUUCUCCGACGCUUUUCAGAAGCGCGUUCUUUUUCUUACAAACCGACAAGCAGCCGUGUGAUUUAAACCCGAGAUGAUUUCUCACCUGGAUCGCGCCCGCAUGAGAGGAGGACACCUAGUCUGGUCCCCGAUUAACUGAAUUACUCGACGCACGCGCCACUGCGACUGGGGCGUGUGCACUCCACAAUUCAAAAACACAUCCUAGCAUUGAAGAAUUCUUCCAUUUCCAGUUGACAAGUCACCCAAUCAUUAAUUGCAAAAGUCCGAGACGGUAACAAAAUCUUGAAGGCAACUGGCACUACUUAUUAUAUGUGAGUGGAUAAUUUUGAUUGCAAACAAGGCAGCAAAUCUUGAAUUGUGAUAACAAUUUAAACGCUACCCUGCCCAAGUAAAGAGUUGAGAACAGUCAGCGCACCUUGGAUUUAUAGUAAAAGAAUCCCAAAAUCCAAUCCCUCAAAGUAAUUGUGUCAUUUAUAGCAGCAAAUUACAGCCUCAUGCCUGUAUUUUGCACCUUACCUUGCUGAUUUGGAAACUACGACACCGUUUGUCCAUAGCCCUUUACAAAAAACAGAUCUUGGUUUUGCAUUAUAGCCAGGGUGUCUUCCAUAUUCGAACUUUAACACAAAAUAAAAUACCCCUCCCUCCCUCCCUCUCUCACAGUAUUAUUGUAUGGAUUCUUGAUUUCUCUCUCUCCAAAUUUAAUUUAGAUACCAAGAACUUUAAAGCUCAAACCCACAAAUGCUUCCCACUCUUUUCCUCCCACCUUAUAUAGUCUCUUGCACACCAACUAUGAUACCUCAUCUUUCUCUCUCUAAGCCUCACAACAAGACAAACCUUUCGCUUUGGUUUCCUCAUCAGAUCCCUUUAUCUUACAGUACAGACACCACCCUACAUGUAUAAUAAAAACCCUCCGCACACAAAAUGCCACCGCUGACCACCACCACCACCACCACCACCACCACCGCCACGUGAACAUUCUUCACCCACAAACAAAACAACCCAUAGCACGUGUACUCUCUUGUUGUUAGUUUUACUAAAUGAGGUGCAAAAAACACCCGGGCGACCUCAGCAGCGGCGUGGGCGUAUGCUCCUCUUGUCUCCGAGAACGCUUAUUUGCAUUAAUCGCUGCUCAGGCUCAAAUACAGCAGCAGCAGCAAAUGGCACAAUUCGCAAGGGCACAUAACCAUCACCAUUCACGCGCCGCUGCGGUAGUAGAUGAAAGCCGUAAAUCAGAUUCUAACUCUCAAUAUCUACAACAACCACCUCCACCUCUGAUAUUUCCUCGCUCUGUCUCUCCUUACGUUGCUCGCCGUAAAUCCGACUCCUCCUCAUCCUCCUGGUCCAACCACAACCACCACCAUAACCUCCGUUUCUACAGCACUCCUCAGGUGGGCCCUACCUACACCACCCCUUCCGCAACCACAACAACCGCGGCGUACAACAAGCAAAGCCAAAAAUUCUCGCUUUUUUCUUAUUUAUUCAGGUCCAGAUCCGACAAAUUGAAAACAGACUCGACUGGCUGCCGUGAUUCUAUUGAGCCACCAUCUUCUUCUUCGCCUUCCUGGUUCUCGAUGGUCUUCUCCGGUCGUCGGAGAAAGCAAUCACGGCAAGUGCCCGUGGAAUAUUCCGGCGCGGUUAGCGGAGAGCCUCGCCAGAGGUUGGAUCGAGGAAUGUCGCCAGCGAGAGGUGCGGAUUCCGAAAAUGAUUGCGAGAAUUGCGGCCGGUCACCGUCAGGGAGAGGCUGCUCGGCAGAGUCGUCGCCGGGGUGGAAAAAGACACCGGUAGCGUCGGGUGUAAUGCGGCGGGGGAAGGCGGGACACACUAGGAACGUGUCUGGAUUGGCGUUUUGUUUGAGUCCUCUUGUCAGGGCGAGCCCUAAACCGAAUUGGAACCAGAAGGGAGGAUUGCCGCCUGAAUUGGGAUAUUCUGGCGAGGUUAGGGCUCCUGUGAGGCCGCAUCUGUCCACCGCGGCGUCGUUUUGCGCGAACCGAUCGAGGAAGCUUGCGGAUUUUGGUAGAGUCAAUCAUAACCAUUGAGAGCGAUGACUCGUUCUCCCGCUUGAUUUGACCAGAGUGGUGAUUUAUUUUGAAUUACGGUUUUGCCCCCUCCAAAUUUGCAGUUUAUAUACAUGAUUCUGCGUUUGCUCUUAUAGUGUAGGGCGAGGGAAAAACACAAAAGAAAAAUGAAAAAAGAUCAAAAAUAUAUUUGGCUCUUCGCAUACAUUACUGAUGUUUAUUAUUAUCAAAAACAAAAAUAUUUUUUUGUUGUACA